CCAUUAAAGGUAAACUCUGUCUGUUGUCUCCCCCAGACCAAAAUUGCAAAAGGAAGACGGUUGGAGCCACCCAGCCCUUGUCUUCCUUUCUCUAUCUCUAUCUCUAUCUCCACCACUACUGAAGCUUAAUUAGGGUUUCUUUACUUCAGAUUAAACCCACCCACAACAAAAAGAACCCUAAUUUACAGAGAGAGAGAGAGAGAUGAGCAGCCAAGUUGGCAUGAGGAGGACCAGUCUCACCCAGAAGCGCGGCCCCUCCACCGUCACUAAGAAAUCGGUCCCAAGCGAGAACGGAGCCAUCUCUAAUGGCACCACCAGCAAACCCUCGUCUCCUCCUGCCCUUGCGACUGCUGGUGGAGAGAGGACAGUGAAGAAGCUGAGGUUGUCGAAAGCCCUCACAAUCCCCGAGGGGACCACUGUAUCCGAUGCUUGCCGGAGGAUGGCUGCCCGGCGUGUGGAUGCUGUGCUUUUGACCGAUGCAAAUGCAUUGCUUUCUGGAAUUGUGACUGACAAGGACAUUGCCAGUAGGGUCAUUGCAGAGGGAUUGAGACCGGAGCAGACAAUUGUAUCAAAGAUCAUGACGCGGAAUCCUAUUUUUGUUAAUGCUGACUCAUUGGCCAUGGAAGCUCUACAGAAGAUGAUCCAGGGUAAAUUUAGGCACCUUCCUGUUGUAGAAAAUGGUGAGGUUAUUGCCUUGUUGGAUAUCACAAAAUGCCUCUAUGAUGCUAUAUCAAGAAUGGAAAAGGCAGCUGAGCAGGGGAGUGCCAUUGCUGCUGCAGUUGAAGGAGUUGAACGCCAGUGGGGAGCCAAUUUUUCUGCUCCAUAUGCUUUUCUGGAAACUCUGAGGGAGCGAAUGUUCAAGCCUUCAUUGUCAACCAUCAUUGGUGAAAACACAAAGGUUGCAAUUGUAUCCCCAUCAGAUCCUGUCUAUGUUGCGGCAAAAAAGAUGCGGGACUUUCGGGUUAAUUCAGUUAUAAUUGUCAUGGGGAACAAGAUUCAAGGGAUACUCACUUCAAAGGAUAUUUUAAUGCGAGUCGUGGCACAAAAUCUUUCUCCUGAGUUGACUCUGGUGGAAAAGGUAAUGACGCCGAACCCUGAAUGUGCUACAUUAGAGACUACAAUUCUUGAUGCACUGCAUAUAAUGCAUGAAGGGAAGUUCUUGCAUCUUCCUGUCUUAGACAGAGCAGAUGAAUCUGUUGCUGCAUGUGUGGAUGUUCUGCAGAUAACUCACGCAGCAAUCUCUAUGGUUGAAAGUAGUUCAGGAACCGUUAAUGAUAUGGCAAACACAAUGAUGCAAAAGUUCUGGGAUUCAGCACUUGCUUUAGAGCCGGCUGAUGACUGUGAUACUCAAAGUGAAAUGUCUGCACUAAUGGCUUCUGAUGCGGCAGAACAAGCCAAGUUCACUUAUCCUUCUAUUGGUCUUGGAAAUUCAUUCGCCUUCAAGUUUGAAGAUCGAAAAGGUCGAGUGCAUCGACUCAAUAGUGGCACAGAAAAUUUAGAUGAGCUUGUAUCUGCUGUCAUGCAAAGGACUGGUGGUGCUAAGGAUAAUGAUCAUCCUCAGAUUUUGUAUGAAGAUGAUGAAGGUGAUAGAGUUCUACUUGCAAGUGAUGAUGAUCUUGUUAGUGCUGUUAGCCAUGCUCGAGCAGUGGGACAGAAGGUCCUAAGGUUGCAUCUGGAUUUCUCUGAUUCUGGGCACCAAACCACAUCCCAAUUGAGUAAAACCACAACCCAGAAAAUGGGAUGGACGUAUUCGCACACUGGAAUUUUGGCAGGUGCCUGUGUUUUAACUGGCAUUGGCUUGAUGGCGUACAUAAAGCGCACUAAUCUGUAAUGACUGUUUUUGCUUCAUUGAAAGAAAAUGUCUAGGAUCGGUGGGAUGAUUUGCUAAAGACUAAAGAGCCCUGCCAAUCCUGUUAGAUGCUUGUUGGCAGAGGUUUAAGAAGCUGAAUACAUUAGGAUUGAGAUCACCUGCAGAAGCAAGUGCUAUAGAAAAGGAAAAAUAAUGUCCUGUAGGAUACACGCUGAGCCAAAGGGACAUUAUCUAAUGAAUGGCUUAUUCUACCAAAAUAUAUUUUAUAGCUAAUUUCCCAGCUUCAUCUUUUUCA